AGUGUAAACAUCGAUCACCUACAAAGGUCAUAUUUGUAACAGUUCAGGAAGUAGCAGGCAAUGGAGAGGUUGUGGUCAACUGUGGAGAAGUUGUUGUCUCCGGAGACGGCGGGGGUUAUAAAAGAGAAGGCAGGAGAAGGGCUUGAGUUAGUUGUCAGGCUGUCAACGGAUUACAAGCUCGUCCUUGUCGGGGCCGGGGCUGUCGUUGGGUUGUAUUGGUACGCCACCUGGACACAUGGCUUCUUCAAGAAGUUGGGAAUUCCGGGUCCAGAACCGGGACUAUUUGGAGCAAUGUCUCAAUACAAGAAAUUUGGUUCUAUUCCAAAAUAUGACCAACACAUUAUUGAGAAAUACGGCAAGGUUGUUGGUCUUUUCAGUAUGCGCCAACCGAUAUAUCUCGUUUCCGACAUCGACAUAAUCAAGCAGAUCACGGUUAAGGAAUUUUCAUCGUUCAUUAACCGCUCAAAAAACACCAACUUUCCAAUAGACCCGCUGUUUAAGGAGUCGCUUGUUUUCUUGGUUGAUGAUCACUGGAAGUUCAUUCGGGGCAUCCUGAGUCCCACGUUCACAGCAGGCAGGAUGAAGGAGAUGAUACCGCUGAUGCAGACUUGCAUGGCUUCUCUAGUGACAAACCUCUGGAAAACUACAGAACAAGGCACGAAAACAGUCAAAAUGCAAGACAUAUUUGGGCUGUAUUCUCUGGAUGUCAUCGCCUCUACAGCAUUCGGCAUUGAGGCUGACUGUCAGGGAGACCCUGAAAAUGCCUUUAUAAUCAACGCUCGGAAGAUGACAGAAAGAGGACUCAAACUGAUUGUUGUUUUUAUGGUCUGCUCUUUGUUUCCCUUCCUGAGCAAAUGGUUGGAAGCUAUUGGUUUCAAGAUGGUUGAUGCUGGUUGUCGAGAAUUCUUCACCAAGGCUGUGCUUCAGACCAUAUCAGACAGAAGAGAACUUAACAUUAGCCGGAGAGACUUCCUGCAGCUCAUGCUUAACUCCCACAAGCUGGAGGUGAAACAGGAGGAGAAGGACUCUGCUUCCUACGUGGAGAUGGACAAGUCAUUGAGAAGAGGCAUGACAAACGAUGAGAUUCUGGGCAAUGCCAUGCUGUUUCUUUUUGCUGGAUAUGAAACUACAAACGUGACUUUGGCGUAUUUCGCCUACAACCUAGCAAUCAACCAGGACUGCCAGGACAGACUGAUAGAGGAGAUUGACCGCGUUCUCAAUGGGCAGCCCCCAGAUUACGAGAGCAUGUCAAAGUUGGAAUACCUGGAUGGUGCCUACCUGGAAACUCUGCGCAUCUUCCCACCAGCUACAAGGAUGUCCAGAAUGGCAGAAGAGGAUAUCACGAUUAACGGUGUACUCUUCAAGAAAGGAGUUGAAGUGCACUUUCCUGUUGGUGCCAUACACAAAGAUCCUGAAAACUGGCCUGAUCCAGAGACUUACAACCCAGAGAGGUUUCGUCCAGAGAAUCGACCGGAGAAUUACAACUAUGUGUUCCUGCCGUUUGGAGCUGGUCCUCGGAACUGCAUCGGGAUGAGGUUUGCUCACCUGACUGUCAAGAUGGCCAUUGCAGGAAUUCUCCAGAAGUAUCGCUUUGUCCCCGGUCCGGAAACAAAGAUACCUCCAGAGACAAGUUCCUUUGAACCAAAGCCAUUGGAUGGAAUGAUGCUGAGAAUUGAGAAAAGAUAAAAGGGGAAGUCACUCCAUUUCAUUCAUGAAAGGGAGAUCACUCUGAUAUA